AAAGUUACGAAUAGAAUUCUACAGUAAAUUGUAUUGCAAACAGCUGUUUGCAUACGAAACAUUUGUAAACUUCAUAAGAAACUUUUUUUUAACAUUUUAAUGUAUCUUCGUUAGAGGAAUUAAACUAGAUAGAAUAUUAAUUUUACACAUUAAAACAUAUUAUAUUUAAUUUUAAGGUGAUUGCUGUUUGUGAAGAAAAAAUCAAAAUGGUAUCUUUAAAACUUUUGUUCGUCUUGGCUGUCAAAUAAAUACAUAUAACCUAAAACGCAUAAAUUUAAAGAAAUUGUAAAAAAAUCAUAGAAAUGGAUGUUGUAACAACAAGUUUAGAGGCCCUAAUGCAAAGGGUAACGAAUCCUCAAAAUCAAAAACCUGAUAUAGCUGCAAUUGAAGCAUUUUGCGUAAUGCUUACCAAAGAAUCAGAAGGUAUUCAAAUUGGUACUAAAUUAUUAGCAUUGCAUAUUCAGUCAUCUAAUGAGACAGAAGCACUUCAAGCUCUUGCUUUAUUGGAUACAUGUAUGAGAAGAUGUGGUCCAUCUUUUCACGCAGAAGUUGGAAAAUUUCGUUUUUUAAAUGAAAUGAUUCGUUUAGUUUCACCAAAAUAUUUGGGUGGUAAAACACCAGCUAUAGUGCGUCAAAAAGUAUUGCAAUUGUUAAAUAUGUGGACAAAGGAAUAUCCAAAAGAAUUAAAAAUCAAGGAAGCCUAUGAAAUGUUAAAAAAACAAGGUGUUAUCGAAGAUGAUUCUAUAUCUAUGAAUAAUGUACAAGAAGAAGGAUUAAAAGUAUUAAAAACUAAGAACACAAUAUUUGAUGAUGAAGAGAAAUCCAAAUUGUUGCAAAAAUUACUUCAAAGCAAAAAUCCUGAUGACUUACAAGCAGCGAAUAGAUUAAUUAAAACUAUGGUGAGAGAGGAUGAAAGAAGAGUACAAUUAAAUUCACGUAGGAUAAUGGAAUUAGAAUCUGUUCAUAACAAUGCAAAGUUAUUAUCAGAAAUGUUGGAUUCAUAUAAUUGUAAUGAAACUAGUACAGAAGAUCUUGAAUUAAUGAAAGAAUUAUAUCAAGCUUGUGAACGAUUGAAACCAAUUGUGCUAAGGUUAGCAAAUGAAACUCAAGAUAAUGAAGGAAUGCUUGGUGAUGUACUUGCUGCAAGUGAUGAAUUGGAACAAGUAUUUGAGAAAUAUACUACAAUUAUAGUUCAUGGUAAAUGUAUAAAACCUAAGACAGAUUCCAACAUCAGUCCGUAUUUAUUAGAUUUAUCCUCUCCAAUGGAGACCAUUCCUGUUAAAAGUGAUGAUGUAAAUGCAAGUUACAAUGCAAUGACAACAAAUCAUCAGUCAGAUAUGGAAGUUUUAGGAGAUAUUUUCAAUUCAUUAGGAAAAUCUGAAAAUUCAGAUAUUUCUUCAGUUUCCAAUGCAAAUUUCUUAAUGACUGAUUCAAUUAUGCAGCCGCUCAAUAUUUUACCUAAAAAUAAGAAAGAUGAAUUAAUCAACACAUCUGAAAAGAAAAUUGACAGUAAAGCAAAAGCACUGGAGGAAUUAAACGAAUUGGAUUCUUUGCUUAAACAAAGUUUAUCAGGCAUAGUAUCAAAUUCACGUUUGAAAUCAGCAAGUAAACAAAGUAUAAACCGCCCACCAAAUACCGAACCCUUAGCAGAACAUUAUGUUUCAACGACCUCUCCUCGCAGUGGCAAUUCUUCGUAUUUUUCUGACUUAUCAAAGACUACAAAUAUGAAAAAUGAUAAAGUAUCUGAUAUUCAAUUUAAAUCAAAUGAUAACUUUCCAUCUUAUAAUGAUACAAAUUCUCAAACUAUUAUCGAAUGUGAUGUAAAUGAAAAAAUAGAUACAAAUCAAUGUAAUAAUCGAUUAAGUACAUGGGAUGCUGCUUCAAUAACACCGUCAACAGAAAAUUCAAUUAGUCCAGAACCUGAAAUUAAACCAUUGACAGACAUUAAUAUCAAUCUUCAUGAUAUUAAACCAGGUAUUAAUCCACCUAUAACAGUAAUUGAAGAAAAAAAUGGUAUAUCUGUAGUGCUUCAUUUUGCUCGAGAUAAUCCAAGAAAAGAUGUAUUUGUUGUAGUAAUUACAACAAUGAGUAAAAAUUUGAAGCCACUUACUAAUUACUUAUUUCAAGCAGUGGUGCCAAAAAGAUGUAAAUGUAGACUUCAGUCACCUUCUGGAACAGAAUUACCUGGUCAUAAUCCAUUUUUACCUCCAUCUGCAAUUACUCAAAUUAUGUUAAUUGCAAAUCCUACCAAGGAAACGGUAUCGUUAAAAUUUAUGUUAAGUUAUACCAUGGAUGAUGAAACUUUCACAGAAAUGGGUGAAGUAGAAAAAUUGCCUUUAGUUUAAAGUACUUAAAGUGUAAUUAUAAUAUAAAUUAAAUUCAAGAAUUACAGAC